AUAAGCAUGGCAGAGCCCUGCGUCAGUCGCCAUUUAGCUCUACCCGACCUGUUCGCUGCUGCUCGUGACGCGCACACAAUGAAAGUGGUGGCUGUGUUCGCACUCUUGGCCCUGGCAGCGAGUCUGUGCUUGGCUGCGCCUGGUGGAGUCGGCUACGGCUACGGCGGACGUGGCUUCGGCUUCGGCCACGGUGGAUACGGACACGACGGUUUUGGACACAGCUUCGGACACGGAGGAUACGGAGGAUACGGACACGGCGGGACCUCGUACAGUGUGUUCAACCUUGGCUAUGGCGGCUAUGGGUAUGGCGGGUAGACGGGAUGGCAGAGCCGUUUAUAGGAAUGGCUGUCUAUUUCAUUUAUACGAAGCGAAUAAAUCUCUAUCUGUGUA